AAUCUACAGAAAUGAGCUUCAAAAGGAGGAGAUAUAGGAGUGAUCGAAAUACUUAUACAAAAAGUUCGGAUGGAUAUCUGAAGCAGCUUCAAUACAAGACUGUCAAGACCCAUGAACCAGUAAACAAAAAUAAAUAAUUGGAAGAAAUUAGAAUAUACGUUGCUCAAAGCUCCUUUCCACUGGCCCCUGUCCGGAACUAUUCAUUGUGUAUUGAAUACCAUUGAAGUCUCCCACCAGUAGUUUAAUGCCCAAAUGAGCGACCCCACCACCUUCCCUUCUCCUAGCCUUACUUUUAAAAAAAAACAAAAAAGAAAAAAGAAAGACCCCAGCAACUCUAACCUAAUUCCACACUCCAUCAAAGUCACAUCUAAAGACGCACAACCCCAGAAGAAUUUAAACCAACCUCUCCUCCGUCCCUGUUCCCAGGCGCUGCUUGGAAGAGAAACCAAAUGGGAAGAAAGCUAGGCCUCACCUCUCUCUUCUUCAAACCUAGAGAUACGUCAAGGUCGUCUUCCUAUUUUUCUUCUUCUCCUUCUCCUUCUCAUUCAUGGCCUUGGCCUUCUUGUAAGCAUCCAAAGACUCUCUCCUUCCGAGCGGCGGAUGGCGACGACAUCUACAAGACGGUGAACUCGGCCUACGUCUGCUCGACCGAAUCGUGCUUCACCCACUCGUCGGAGGAGCGUUCGGAGAGCUUCUCGACGGCGUCGGAGGACUCGGGGGGCGACUCGUUGGAGACAGUCAUACGGGGUCUCCGGUCAGACCGGCUCUUCUUCAAGCCGGGGGACACGAGCUCGAUACUGGAGGAAGCCAAGGCCGGUGCAUUCCCAUUCAAGAAGAGCAUCGCGUUAGCAAUGGAGUCGGAGGACCCGUACCACGACUUCCGGGUGUCCAUGGAGGAGAUGGUGGUGGCUCAUGGGCUCAAGGACUGGGAGUGCCUUAAGGAGCUCUUGCUAUGGUAUCUAAGGGUCAAUGGUAAGAAGACUCAUGGGUUUAUAGUAGGUGCCUUUGUGGAUUUGCUUCUCGGCCUUGCUUCUCCUCCUUCCUAUUCUUCAUCUUCUUCUAUGUCUUUCGAGAUUGAGGAGGUGGAAAAGGAGGGAAGUCGGUCAUGCUGAGUUAGUUCUCUUGAUCCAAAGGAAGGCAUGGAUCUUUGGUUUUUUUUUUUUAAGCUAUAAUAUAUCGUCAUCUCGAUGUAUACUUUAGGACUAUAUGACAUUAAACCUACAUAUGGUUAGAGUUCUAAGCUCAUCCCCUCUCUC